GACGUGUUUGCACUGGGCAUGUAAACGGAACCAUGCUCCAGUGGUGGCUUACCUCCUGCACGCUGGUGCUGACAAGGAGAUCCUCACGAAGAAGGGAGAAAGUCCGGCCCAAUUAACGUCGAAGAGAGAGAUAAGGAAGAUGUUGGGAGUGGAAGAUGAUGAACUCCCAGACUUCAAGAAAGAUUCAGAUCUGCCAAUCAUCCCCAAUUAUCUGGCUAACCCACCUUUCCCUUACGUUUAUAACACCAUGAGUAACAGUAUUCCAGAUCUCUCCGUGAAUGGGAGUAUCGCACACGUGGGACCGCCAGAGACCAACUCUCCUUCCUUACCUGAUGUGGAGAGGUGCACGCGUGCACCAUUACAGAGUGGGAACGCUGCUCCCGAGGCAGUGGAUAGUGGAGGCAUCCCAUCGCUGCCCAGAGGGUUCACUGCACCACCACGCUCCAAAGCCAUCCUUCAGAGAGGUCCGGUUUACCAGGGACCCGUGUCUUGGGGCAGGAGUGCCCCUUCGCCAGCUGGAUCAAAUCAGUCUGUACCUCAGCAGGAGAACGGCUCCUGUGCAGGGCCCGUGCCGGCAUUUCAGCCCGUUUUCUUCACAGGAGCUUUUCCACUUAAUAUGCAAGAACUGGUGCUUAAAGUUAGAAUACAAAACCCUAAUCUUAGAGAAAAUGACUUCAUUGAAAUUGAACUGGACAGACAAGAGCUGACCUAUAAGGAGCUGCUCCGAGUGAGUUGCCGUGAGCUGGGUGUUAACCCUGAGCACGUACAGAAGAUCAGAAAAUUACCAAAUACAAUGUUAAGAAAGGACAAAGAUGUUGCAAGGCUACAGGAUUUCCAAGAACUGGAGCUUGUUCUAACAGUAAGCGACAAAAACUUACUUUUCAGAGUCCCAACACUUUCUGAACGGAGUGGUUAUAACAAGAAGGCAUCAGAACUGACGUACUAAUUGUUUAAAGAAAUAAAACAAAAUAUUUGUAUCUCUCAUUUAAAACUACAGUUGAAAAUACAAUUAUCUAUAAGGGCUAAUGAUGUUAAAAAAAUCUAUUUUGUUAACCUCGAAAUAAACUGCAGUUGUUAUGCA